GAGCUACAAUGCACUCACGAACCAUCUCCACGAUAUAUCGUCUUACCCCAUCCUGUCUCUAAAUCUUCUUCUUGUCGGUUCCGGUGAUGACCCUCGCAGCUAAUUCCCUUUAACUUCGUCAACGGACAUCCGCUCCGGAAUGUGUGUACCAUUGCCGACUUUCAUGGCCCUGACCAUUUUAGCGUUUGCAUUUUGGCUAACGAAUCGGACAGCCGGAAGUGUAGCGGUAUCCGCUAUUUUCUUCACACCAGGCUGAAGGCGGGGGAGAAACUCCCUAGCUCCUACAGGAUCGUGAACCAGCUUUGUAAGGUUUUCAACGACGACAACUGUUUGACGAAGGGCAUCUUGGAAGGUCUGUGGUGACGAGAACGAUCGUUCAAGGAGAGGAGUCAGAAGAGACAAGACUGAUGAGGUGACUAGCGAUGAAAGUGGUUUGACCAGAUGGGUAAGUCGUGGUCAGAUGGUCGGCGUAGGCCCGUCGCCUACCUAAGGUCGUGAAUAACCUUUUGCAAAGUUUCCUUUGAUGGAUCGCCCAUGGUUUUGAUCAAAGUCGGAACGUGUCUCGCGACAUCAUUGUUUUCUGAGCAACUUGCUCAAGCUGGCCAUAGCCUUCACAGCGGCUCUUGAUACCUCGUUCUUGAGAUGAUGCAUUCCACCUUCGACCACUGGAACCAGAGCCUCCAACUCCCGGCCCAUAACUUCCUUAAGAAACCCAUCUCUCAUAACAACCUUUUCCGCAACCUUUCCAAUCAAUUGUAGUGCUGCAACUCUGCCCUACCUCUUGGAGCCAGAAUCCUUGAUAUAUGGCAUUAGUACCCCACAAGACCGACAACCAAAGGCUCCUCCUUCAGAAGCGCCAUCAUUGCAUCGGUAGCAUAGGUGUCAGGCGGUUCUCCUCAGUUAAUACGGUAUUGUGAAGGUUGUUGGACGUAUAAUACCGACUACGGCGUUGGUUUUAUUAGGAAUUUAUCAACAGAUAUAGUGAAUCCCGCUGGUGAAAUAGCACUUUCGCGAACUCUACUCAUACAGUAAAACACGGGCCUCAUUUCAGUGUGAAAUUAUUAUUUGAAUAUAGGAAUUUCAAUCCGCAGUUAGUGCCACAGCCUCGCACCCCGUAAAACAGCACCUGAUUUCCCGCCCCCCAUCCCGCUCGAUUUGUCCAGACUAUUAUACAUCAUCUGCACUCCAACUAAACCCUUUACCUAUCGAUCGAGACUAGAAGGACCGGAGACUUUCCCGGAGGUGCCCAAAGUUUGUAAUGCUUAGAAGCGAGUUGAUAAGCAAGAUGGAAGGUUCUGGAGGUUACUGCAAAUGGGGUGUAUUAUAGAUUGAUAUUGCAGGGCAAGGAAAGGAAAAACACGAGGGGGCAAGAGGGAAAGUGAUUGGUCAACAAAGCGGGAUAGAUCUAAGUCUCCAGAAUCAUGAAGAAGCAAAAUGAGGGGGAACGGAAAGGGAAAGGCGGGGUCAUGUGGAUGACGAAGGAGAAGUUAUCAUAUGGAUGUAUAUAAAGCUCGAUGUUCGAGAGGUAGUGGAAUAGCAAGAGAAAAAGGAGUAGCAGUUAUCGGAGAGAAAGUCAGAAUCUAGUUACGGUCGACGGUCAGAAAGACAAAAGCUUCCCGUGCGCAGAAGUGACAACAUACGAUAUCAAUUCGUUUUACAGACCACAUGGGACAAC